AUGAAAUCCUUCUUUUCCCUUGGCGCCUUCCUGGCAUCUGUUUCAGCUCAGGCUGGGACCUUCGAACCCGUUGACUUCAAUGUGACUGAGGCUUUGAUCGCGAACGGCGUCAAUGUCUCCGCCAUCCCUCAGCUCCCAGAUUUGGUGGAACGAACGUCACCCAGUGGCUGCUCGAUUGCUUGCUCUUCGCUAAAGCUCAUAUACGGCAGCGGAAAGCUCUUAUCGGAGCAAACCUCCGCCUAUGACGCCUUCACUGGUGCAUAUUGGGCUGCCCAACAGGGCGCAUUGAAUCCUCGGUGUAUAUUUGAGCCUUCCAGCACAGUGGAAGUGUCAUCUUUAGUCUUGAUAUCACGUCUGACGCAGUGCCCUUUUGCUGUCAAGGGUGGCGGUCAUGCUGCCUUUGCUGGUGCAUCGAGCAUUGAAGGUGGUAUCACCGUUUCAAUGAAAAGGUUCGAUACUGUUGCGGUUUCGAACGAUAAAAGGUAUGCUAAUGUCGGCCCCGGAAACUUGUGGGUAGAUGUAUACAACAAGCUUGAGAAGUCCGGCCUCGGAGUCGUUGGCGGUAGAAUGGCGCCAGUUGGCGUUCCGGGUCUUAUAUUGGGUGGUGGUAUCUCCUUCUUCUCCAACAAAGCGGGAUGGGCCUGUGACAACGUUGCUGCCUACGAAGUCGUCACAGCCUCUGGUCUCGUGGUAACCGCUACCCCUACGACAUUCCCAGAUCUAUACUGGGCACUUCGGGGCGGCGGCGGGAACUUUGGCAUCGUUACCAACUUCAAACUUGAUGCAUUCCCGCUUGGUCAAAUGUGGGGUGGUCAGCGCAUCUUCACAGAAAACAACUUCACCGGCGUGCUCGAUGCUCUUUACAACUUCGCCGUCACUGGGUCUUCCAAGGAUACCGAUGCUGCUGAGAUUGUUUCCUUUAGUUCCAUUCCCAGUAUUGGAAAAAUCGCGAUAGUCCAAACACACUACGCUCAACCUGUCGCUGACCCUCCUGUCUUCGACGAGAUCCGAGCUCUUUCUCCCGUGAUGGACGACACAGCAUUUGGCACGCUGGCCAAUAUGACCAUGAAGAUGAACGGCGGUAGGGCGGAGGAAGACCUCGGUAAUCGCCAAACAAUGUGGGACGUGUCUCUCAAAGUUGACCGCGAGCUUUACGCCUACCUCGUUGAUACUUUUUACACGCUUCUACCCGAGAUUCAAGCUGUCGAAGGCCUUUCGCCAUUUAUCUCCAUCCAGGCUAUUACCGAAGGCCAACUCAAGGGUAUGCAGAAGAACGGUGGCAACGCGCUAGGCCUUGAUGCCGGCAAGAGUCCUUACUUUGUCAUGAAUAUGAGCGCCUGGUGGAAUAAGGCUUCGGAUGAUACCGCUGUCCUCAGAUUCUUCUCGACUGUCAUGCAGAAGAUCAAGGCUCAUGCGAAAAGCAAAGGCUUGGACAAUAACUACAUCUAUAUGAACUACGCGAGCGAGUUCGAGGACCCUCUUGCAAGUUAUGGGUCGGCGAACGUAGCGAAGCUGAUCGCUGUGAGCAAGAAGUACGACCCUGCUCAGGUAUUCCAGAAGCUUCACCCAGGUUACUUCAAGUUGGGUCAAGGAGCGCCGAACAAGAACAUGCCAUAG